CUCUCCCUAGCCUAGAGCUAGCACGCAGGUCAUCACCAACGUUAACAUAUAUAGCCUAGCCAGCAGCUAGACAAUAUCCAAUGGUGCCCAAGUGGCUCGUCCUCCUCGCCACUCUCCUCCUCCUCCUCGCCGCCGCCGUCGGCCAGGUGCGCGGCGAUCCGCCGGUGGGCGUGCUUAUUCCUAACAACGUUACCGUCAUCAUCUCCGGCGUAGUGCCGUGCAGCAACGGGAGCAACAUCGACGUCGCGGCGGUCCCGCAGUUCGCCGGCGCCACCGUUGAGGCGGUAGUAUGCGACGGCAACGUGGUGGGCACCGCGACGACGGACGCCGCCGGGAACUUCACCAUCGACCUGGGCCCUGUCAGUACCGUCCUGGAGGAGCUCGUGCUCUGCCUGCGCAACCGGUGCAGUGCGGCGGUGACGACCCCGCUGGCCACCUGCAACGCGUCCCUGGGCGGCGGGACGCUGACCGCGACGCUGCAGUUCCUGCAGGCCCGCCACACCACCAUCACCGAUAGGUUCGCAACCAGCGACGACGUCACGUUUAUCUUAUCCAAUGGCUUGUUCAACAUCGACGUCGUCAGCAGCGGCAUCCUCUUCGUCUCCCCCGGGCUCUUCUCAGCCUACUAAAUCCUCGGCUGGAGCUGCAUGCAUAUCGGCCCGGGUGGUGGCCGUAGCCCGUACCCAUUCACGACGCCAGCAUCAAGUAAACAAGUACCAGUACGAAACUGCGAAUAAAUAAAUCAGCAUGCAGCUAACAAUUCGGGCAUGGUAUGUAACGGAAUGUAACGCGAUCAGGCGUGAUCCCUCUCUUUUGUUGUCUCUCAUCGUCGGUUGUGAAAAACAUACUUAUACUACA